AUGACGGAUCGGCGCGUCGACGACGCGGUGGUGGCGUCGACGACGGCGCGGACGCUGCUCGCGAGCGUGGACGAGGCGCGCGCGCUGAUCGUCAAUCUGCGUGGACGCGCGCGAGUGAAUCCGCUUCGAGGGGCGUCGAGCGCGACGCGACGGGCGCACGCGAGGGCGGAGACGCUGGUGAAGCGAUGCGCGGCGAUGGGUGAUUUUGAGGCGGCGCGAACGUUGGGGGGAUAUUUGGUCGAGCGGUUCGGGGAGGACUCGGCGCGCGCGCGGGCGGCGCGCGCGGCGGCGGAACGCGCGGCGGGCGAGACGGAAAAGGCGGAAAAGAUGAUCGAGGAGGGGCUGGAGCGAUCGCCGUACGAUCAGCGAUUGAUGCGAUCGCGCGUGGCGUGCGCGCUCGAUCGCGGAGACGAGCGCGAGGCGAUCGAGCGCCUGUGCGAGUACCUGGAGACGCACGGCGCGGAUGAGGAGGCGUGGAGCGCGCUCGGAAAGUUGUACGCCGGGCGAGGGGAGUACGAUAAGGCUUUAUUUUGCUACGAAGAGGUCGUGUGCGCGAUGCCGUUCGAUGCGAACGCGCACAGAAAGAUGGCUGAGGUGUUGUACACGGCGGGAGGACGCGAGAACGUGCGGGACGCGAAGAACCACUUUGCGUUGGCCAUCGACUUCACGAGCGGUAAAGACGUGCGCGCGAUGUACGGUGCGAUUUUGUGCGCGAAGCGACUGCGUGAGACGGAAACCGAUGACACCGAUGGGGUCGUUCCCAAAGGUGAGGGUGCGGCGCUCGCAGAUGCCGCGGCAGAACGAUUGUUACAGCGGUACGCGAUGGAGAAUGAAUCAAUGUUGCGCGUCGUACGACCGCAAAUCAAACGUCUCGUCGCGCCAUCAGAGGGAUAG